AUGCAGAUCUUGAAAUUCCUGGUAUUCGCCGCAAGCUCCGUCGAAGGAGCCCGUCGCCUCCAGGCCGGGUCGUGCUGCGCUUUCUCGCCGACGAACGACGCGUGCAACGACUGUGAGACUCCCGCCGAGGCAGCGGAAUGCCAGGUGUCGCCAGAUGACUGCAAGGCUUGCGCGACGGACAACUUCGUCGGCGACGGGUGGUGCGCGGCGGAGUCCGCGACGCCCCUGCCCGAGCCCGCGCCCGCGCCCGCGACGCCCGUGCCCGAGCCGGCGCCGGCGCCCGAGCCCGAGCCCGCGCCCGCGCCCGCGCCCGAGACGGAGACAACAUCCAAGCCGACGCCCGAGCCGACGCCCGAGCCGACGCCCAAGCCGUCGCCCAAGCCGACGCCCAAGCCGUCGCCCGAGCCGUCGCCCGAGCCAAGCGGGGGGAGCAAGAAGAAGAAGAGCAACGACGACGCGUCGCUCUCCAUCAUCAUCCCCGUCGUCGUCGCGGCCGCCCUGCUCCUCGCCCUCGUCGUCUUCUUCAUCCGCCGCCGCGCCGCCGCCGCCGAAACGUCGAUGCCGGAUGCCAACGUCGCGCUGGCGUGA